AUGUCCUCAACAGCUGGAGGCGCUGGUGAGCUCUCCGAGAGCCAGCAGACGUCUCUCCAGACCUACAUGACCGUGACUGGCCAAGAACCAGAUGCUGCGAUCCCCAUUCUACAGCGGUCUCAAUGGAAUGUCCAGAUCGCCAUCUCCAAGUUUUUCGAUGGCGAAGGUCCUGACCCCGUCGAAGAAGCCCGCGCAGCUCUCGAUGCGGCGCCACAGGACAUUCGACGAACUCAGAAUUUAAUGUUCGACGACGACGACCUUCCUCCCCGCUCCCCGCCGUCGUCAUCUCGAGCGAGCAACAGCAAUCUCCAGCCGGCUCCUCGCAUCGACACACAACCGGAAGACCAGCCGGCUUACCGACCUCCGUUAAUCCUCAGCCUCCUGUUCUCCCCCUUCAACUUGCUCUACCGAAUUCUAUUCAACUCAUUCCGCUUGUUUGGGACUCUGUUUCCCUUUUUGCCACGCUGGCUCAACUUUGCCGCCAGCUCGUCUCUGCAAAGAACCCGAAAUACCAGCGGAAGGAGGCCGCUGGGCCCAAAGGAUACUGCUGCUCGAUUUAUUCGAGAGUUUGAGGAGGACUAUGGUAGCCACCCGCUGCCGUUCCUGGAGAACGGCUACAACAUGGCACUGGAACGAGCUCACCGCGAGCUCAAGUUCCUUGUCAUCAUCCUACUAUCGCCGGAGCACGACGAUACCAACACCUGGGUCCGUGAAACGCUGCUAUCAAAUGAAGUGACCGAGUACCUCAACGACCCCAGCAACGAGAUUCUGCUCUGGGGAGGAAACGUGCAGGACUCCGAGGCGUACCAGGUUGCCAACUCGUUGCGCAGCACAAAAUUCCCAUUUGCCUCGGUGCUAGUCCACACGCCGAGCACCGGGUCCAAUGCCAUGUCCAACAUUGGCCGCAUCCCCGGAAACACCACGCCGACCGAGUUCCUGUCCAAGCUGCGCACGGCCAUCUCCCAAAACAAAGACCCUCUUGACCGCGUGCGCGCCCAGCGAGCAGAACAACAAGCCUCGCGCACCCUGCGCGAAGAACAAGACUCUGCAUAUGAGCGAUCCCUAGCCCAGGACCGCGAGCGCGCACGCCAAAGACGCGAGGCCGAAACCGCCCGCCAGCGCGCCGAAGCCGAAGAAGCCGCACGCCUUGCGGCCGCAGAAAAACACGCUGCCGAUCUCCAGCAAUGGAGAAAAUGGCGUGCCCAGUCCCUACCCGCGGAGCCAUCAUCGUCCGCCGAUGUCUCCGAUAUAGUACGCGUGAGCAUCCGUCUCUUGUCCGGGGAACGCGUGAUUCGCAAGUUCCGCGCAGACGCCGAUUUGGAAGAAGUAUACGCUUUUGUCGAGUGCUAUGAUUCUUUGCAGGAGAUUUCUGCAGCUGCUGCUUCUUCUGGCGAAGAAGAAGAAAAGAAAGUAUCCGAGCCAGAAGGCUUCGAGCAUAAAUAUGGGUUUCGUUUGGUAUCCCCGAUGCCGCGUAGCGUGUAUGAGAUUGACGCUGGUGGCACGGUGAAGGAGCGUAUUGGACGUAGUGGGAAUCUCAUGGUUGAGCUUAUCAAUGAGGAUGAUGACGAUGAUGAAGACGAUGUAGACGAGGAUGAAGAAUAG